AUGAUGGCGUCGCCUCGACAGCACAAUCCCGGCAUGUCCCGGUCGCCGCCGUCCUUUCUCGAAUUGUCGCCGCAGCAGGACUGGGGGGUGAUGUCGACUCGCGGGCAAAGCCUGCCGGGCUUGAUCAGGCGCUAUUCGCUGUCCGAGGGCGCUGCGACGAGAGACACGGAUGAUAUGGAGCAGGUUGCUGGUGCUCAGGCUGAUCAGGCCUCGGGCUCGUCGAUCGAGAGACCCCAUCGGCGAGGCUCCAUUCUGAUUGGAGAUACAACGUCACCUUUUCGAUGGUCAGGAUAUUAUACGCCGCCAGUACAGUUGAAAAGCCUCCGAAAGCCAGUCCGCGAGUACUAUGAGCGGAUGAACUAUUUGGUAUCGCGAUACAGCUACGUAGACCGUCUGUUAGACUCGUCGAUUGCCCGUGAUCUGCUGGAAGACUACGAGCGACAUUGGGCCAAGAAUCAGGGCCAGUUACAUACCAUUACAGAAGAGCAGUCUGCUGCUCCUUUGCAGACUUCUUCGGAAGAAAGCGCGGCUAUUAAUAACCAGGCAGGUUAUAACCAUUUGACCGAGAGAACUCCGCUUUUGGUCUCGCCAGAUAACGAAGUGGAAACAGGGGGGUUUGGCCAUGAUCAUGCAUCCGACGCGCGCAGGAUCGUGAUGACUGCCAUAUACAUCAAUUUAACAGCAAACUGCAUCUUGCUGGCUGCCAAGAUUGUCGUGACCGUCAUGACGAGUUCCGUGUCGGUGCUUGCCAGCUUGGUCGACGCUGCGCUGGACUUUUUAAGCACGGCGAUAAUAUGGAGUACCACUCGGAUAACCACCCGACGCGAUCGAUUUCGAUACCCGGUCGGUCGACAGCGGCUUGAGCCAGUUGGGGUGUUGAUAUUUUCGGUGGUCAUGAUUACAUCGUUCUUUCAGGUCGCCUUGGUCUCGCUGCAGCGGCUGAUAGGAGAUGAUCACUCUUUGAUCGAGCUAACUCUUCCAGCUAUCAUUAUCAUGGUGUCUACGGUUGCUAUCAAGGGGCUUUGCUGGAUAUGGUGCCGUCGCGUCAACGAUUCCAACGUACAGGCGUUAGCGCAGGAUGCUAUGACAGACAUAGUGUUUAACAUUUUCAGUAUCAUCUUUCCACUUGUUGGCACAUUUGCAAACCUCUGGUUUCUCGAUCCCACAGGCGGUCUGUUCCUCUCCUUCUACGUCAUUUUCAACUGGGCGAGCACAGCCAAAGAGCACAUUGCCCAUCUCACAGGCGCGGCCGCCAGCCUCGAUGAUCGCAGUGUGUUUUUGUAUUUGGUCAUGCGUUUUGCGGCUUGCAUUCGCUGGGUCCAGAACCUCGAGGCUUACCAUUCGGGCGACCGGCUGAAUGUUGAGGUGGAUGUGGUGCUGGACGAGACAACGACGUUGCAUGAUAGCCACGAUAUUGGCGAGAGUCUGCAGUACAUGCUAGAGAAUGUGACCAAUGUAGAUCGCGCGUUUGUGCAUUUGGACUAUACCGAGUAUAACUUGCCGACUCAUGUUGACCAUACGAGAUAG